AUGGGAUCACCAACCAGUCCUCAUCAAAAGCCUCGCCAACCCACCACUUCCCCAGCGCCGGGUCCCACCAACAUACCAACUGCAACCACCUCUGCAAAGGACGGCGCCCCUCCCCAGCGCAGCGAACAUAACCAAUACAUCCCCAACCCACUCGCCCAUUUCAGCGCCAUCCCAUGGGCAGCUCGUCUACUCCGCGACCCAGCCGUCUCCAACAUCGUAGUCUCGGAACGCCAGCCCCUCGCGUCAGGGGACAAACGGCUUGUCCGCGAGACGCUCAACGGGGCAACGACGGUGCGGGCCUGCGUCACGUUUGUGAUGCACCUCCCGACAACCGCGGAGGAGGAGGUAGCCGGCCGACCACCGCUUUCGAAGAGUAAAGCGCUGCUGAGAGGGGGCGGUCCCAAGGAUGGGGAGGAUCCGGCACGGCCGUUUUUGCUGUUCAAUGCGCUGCUGGAUUUGGGGGAGGAUCUGUGUGGGUACCGGGGUACUUUGCAUGGCGGGGCUUUUGCGGUGUUGUUGGAUGAGACGAUGUGUGCGGCGGCGGAUAAUCAGAGCCAAUUCGCGUUCACGGCAAGCUUGAAGGUCGACUUCAAGAAGCCGGUCAAGCUCCCCGGCGUGGUGCUUGUUCGGUCGAGGGUUGUCAAAAAGGAAGGGCGCAAGAUAUACGUGAGGGGGACAAUUGAGAAUGAAGCUGGUGAGUGUGGAAUACACCGAGUGUAA